GCCUAGUUGGACAGUAUUGCCGACGGGUUCUCUUAUUGGCUGAAAGACGUGGGCGCUGUUUCAGUGUACAAACGAGUUCAAGUUCAGCGGGGACAGCUCCCUUUGGAGAAUGGUUGGCUAUGACCCUAACUCCAAGGGACAGCUGCUGUCUCCAUCAGAGGUAGCUACUGCUGGAUCCCUUUCAGGGCUGGUAACUAGAGCUAUGAUCAGCCCCCUGGAUGUUCUUAAGAUCCGCUUUCAGCUGCAAAUUGAGGACAUUUCUGCCCGGAGUGCUCAAGGGAAGUACCAAGGUAUCCUCCAAGCAGCCAAGCUCAUCCAGCAGGAAGAGGGUCUGCAAGGAUUCUGGAAGGGACAUAUCCCAGCCCAGCUCCUAUCAGUGUCUUAUGGGGCAGUGCAAUUUUUGAGCUUUGAACUGCUAACAGAAUUCUUCCACAACUCCACUUCGCUGGAUCCCCGUGGUCCUAUAGUACACUUCUUGUGUGGGGGACUUUCUGCCUGCUUUGCAACACUUACUGUGCAGCCCCUGGAUACACUGAGGACACGCUUUGCUGCUCAGGGAGAGCCCAAGGUAUACAGGCACCUACGUGAAGCAAUCCUUAACAUGUACAAGGCAGAGGGACCUAUGACGUUCUACCGUGGUUUGUGCCCCACCUUGAUGGCAGUUUUUCCAUAUGCUGGCCUUCAGUUCUCCUUCUACAACCUGUUGAAGAGGGCAUGGAAUUUUGUUCUGCCACAAAACCAGACAAAGAGUGGUGGAAUGGAUAACUUUAGGAAUCUGCUGUGCGGCAGUGGAGCAGGUGUGAUAAGUAAAACUGCCACUUAUCCCCUUGAUCUCUUCAAAAAGAGGCUCCAGAUUGGUGGAUUUGAGAAGGCAAGAAAGUCUUUUGGUGAGGUAAGAACAUACCGUGGUCUUGUGGACUGUGCAUGUCAAGUGAGGAAGGAGGAGGGAUACAAAGGCUUUUUUAAAGGACUUUCUCCAAGCUUGCUUAAGGCUGCAGUUUCUACUGGACUAACUUUUUUCUGUUACGAGAUGUUUUGUAGUCUACUGUUAAACAUGAAGAAAAAAAGAAAAACUGAAGGAAAUGCAAAAGAUUCAGCUUCUCCCUCCAAGAUCCAUCAGAAAUGAGACCACAAUCAAAUGAGGCAAACUAUUUGCUGUUCCUGUUGUGUUUUCUCACUCUACUUUUGGUCUAUCUGUCUUAUCUGUUUUUAUUCUAUUUGCCCACUAAAGGAGUGGCAAUAGAAUUAAAAUAUCUUGUUACGCACAAGAUUUGAUGCACAUUUGUUUGUUAAUGUUUUAUAUGUAAUGUAUUUAUAUAUGAGUAUAAAUUCACUUUGUAAUAUUUUAGGUUAACCCACCAUGAUUACUGAGCUCAAUGCCAAGGGUGUAAUUAUUGUGGUAUUUCUUGGACCUUUCUGUUACACAUUGUAGCCUAUUGUGACAGCAGAAUACAUUGGUAGGGUAGUGGAACAGACCAGUAAUGUCCAGACACUUAAUCAGUAACCGUG